AAGUGAUGACAUCACAAGCAACCGAUGAGGUUACAAUAGGUGGCUCAGCCUGAAUCCCCAGUCUUUGGUGCUCUGAGCUUAAAGUAUUUGACCUCCUCCCAGGAGAAACACGCAACAAGCAGACAAAGGGCCAGGAAUAUCUGCCCACACAGCCCGAGGAUGUCGGAGUUGGAGAAAGCCUUCCGUAAAUUUGCCACGUACGGUGACACGGCUGCCACUGGCAAUGAUAUGACGGGCAAGAACUUCUCCAAGAUGUUGAAGGAUUGUGGUGUGAUGGACGGGAAGGCUGUGACCAGCACUGAUGUCGAUAUUGUGUUCAACAAAGUCAAGACCAAAGGCGCUCGCACCAUCAACUUUGCUGAGUUCCAGCAGGCCAUGAAGGAGCUGUGUGGCAAGCGGUUCAAGGGCAAGUCUCCUGAGGAGGCCCUGCAGGCUGUGUAUGCACUGAUGGAGGGCAAGGAACCAGCCAACGUGGGUGUAACGAAAACCACCACAGCUGGUGGGGUUGAUAGACUGACAGACACCAGCAAAUACACAGGCUCCCACAAGGAACGGUUUGAUGAGAGUGGCAAGGGAAAAGGGAUAGCUGGCCGUGAAGACGUGACCGAUGGCAGUGGCUAUGUUGGGGCCUACAAGGGAGCUGGCACCUAUGACAAGACACACUAGAGCUGGCAUUGCACCUUAGGGAGCCCUACACCCUGUCCUCUCCUGUAACCUAGGAGGGAGGCCAUUAAACAUCUCAUGCUCAUUGCA